AUGUAGUACAUUUCGUCUUGCGAAAGGUCAACUAAAAAAGUCAAAGUGUACAACUACUAAAGCACAUCUUCUCAAUAUCACCUGUAAACAAUUUCCUAUAUUAUAUAUACACAUAUCACCUUUCACUCUCUUUUCUCAUUACAUACAUACAUAUUUCAUGGUAUUGGAUUUACAAAUGACUAUGAAGAGGAGUAGAGAAGAAGAAGCUGAUCAGAACAUGAAAAGCAUGGCGAUUUCUUUGAUGUUACUCUCUAAUGGCGGUGCAGGCGCUUUUGAUUCAGUCGUUGACAGCUCCGCCGCUCGUAAUUUCGAGUGCAAGACAUGUAACAGGCAGUUCCCGUCGUUCCAGGCGCUCGGGGGCCACCGGGCCAGCCACAAGAAGCAGAGACUGAUGGGAGAACAGCAUUCCGGCGAGUGGAAGACAUCUCCGGCGAAGCCCAAAACGCAUGAGUGCCCUGUUUGUGGGAUAGAAUUCGCCAUUGGGCAAGCUCUUGGAGGGCACAUGAGGCGGCACAGAACGGCUGCCGUUAAUGAAAACCACCAACAGCCGCCGUCACCCGGCUUGUCUUUGUCUCUUUCAAAUCCUCCUCCUAUCGUAAAGAGAUCGAAUAGCAGGAGGUUAUUCUGUUUGGAUUUGAAUUUGACUCCAUUGGAGAACAAAUUUCUUAUGUUAGGCAAAACGGCUCCUGCCGUUGAUUGUCUUUUCUGAUUUUGAAUCCUCCCAUUUUCAUCUACAGCCAUUUUUUCAUUUUUAUUUGUGUAAUAUUUUAUUGUUAGUAAUUAGAUGUGUAUUUAUUCAUUUGUUUAUAAUUAAAAGAACUGAUUUUUUCCUUC